UGUCAGAACUCACGCUCGUUGUUGUUCUCCACUCUUCCCCUGGCCUUAACGGCGCCAGUCUCACUCUUCUCGGAAUCUCCGGCGAUUCAAAGAUGGACGGCGGCCAACGGAGAAUGUCGAUAGACAAUAAGAAGCUACCAAUCAGCCCUAAGGUACUACUUAUGCAUGAUCCAUCGCUCAAUCAAGGAGGUCAGAUUAAUACCUUUACUUUUGCUGGUAAUCGUGACAUAAUGCAAAAUGGAACUGCUGAGGCUGUUAUUUUCAAUUCCAAGAAACUUGAGGAUGCAAUGAAGGAGAUUGGUCUUAAAAUUAAACACCAUGAAGAUAAUAUCAAAUUCUUAGAGGGUCAGAAGAACAGGUUGGAUGGUUCAAUUUUGGAUAUACAAGUUGCUCUAGGCAAGAUUUAUUCAGCAAGUGGAACUGGUUCUGAAAAUAAGGAAUCUUCUAAUGGGUGGAAUGAGUUGGAGACCAUUGAACAAAUGUUAAGAUGGAACAGAUGCCAGCUGCAAACUCAUAAUGGAACUCAUAUUCCGUUUAUGAAGGACGUGAUAGGAAUUGUUGCUUUGCUUGGGAAAGUUGAUGAUGAUAAUCUCAGCAGGACUCUCUCAGAUUAUCUUGGGCUAGAAACCAUGUUAGCAGUUGUUUGCAAGACGCAUGAUGGACUUAAAGCACUGGAAGCAUAUGAUAAGGAAUGUCGUAUAAAUAAAAGUUUUGGUCUUCAUGGAGUUGGAGCUUCAAUUGGGAGACCUUUGGAUGACCGAUAUCUUGUAAUCUGUCUUGAGAACUUAAGACCAUACACUGGUGAAUUUAUUGCCGAUGACCCUCAGAGGAGGCUUGCCAUAAAGAAGCCAAGAUGCCUCAAUGAGGAAACUCCUCCUGGUUUUCUUGGUUUUGCUGUCAAUAUGAUCAAUAUUGACACUGCAAACUUAUAUUGUGUUACAAGCACUGGUCAUGGCCUGAGAGAGACCCUCUUCUAUAGACUCUUCUCUCGGUUGCAAGUAUACAAAACAAGGGCAGACAUGCUGCAGGCACUACCUCUUAUAGCUGAUGGAGCCAUAUCAUUGGACGGUGGGAUCAUAAAGAGUCAUGGUGUAUUUUCCCUAGGCGAAAGGGAAGUAGAGAUCAAAUUUCCAAAGAGUUCUGGAAGCUCGAAUCUACCUGAAAACUAUUUUGACACUCAGAGACGGAUGAAGGAGCUGAAGUGGAAAAGGGUAAGAUUUGUGGAAGAUUUACAGAGAGAGCAAUCAUUGCUGGACCAUGCAAAGAACGACUUUGAAAUAAAGAAACAAGACUUAUCGCGGUCUUGAUUCUUUUCACUACGUGGGCUAUAAUAAAGAAGUGGUUGUGGAGAAGAUUGAAGGAAAGGAAGACAGUGCUGCUGCUGUUAUCCACAAGCUGCUCAGAUCACCAA